AUGCACAUGGAAGACGUCCCGGUUGUGGAAAUGAAGCAGGGGAAACUCAGAGGACGCCUUGAAACCGUUUCCGCGAAAUCCGUUCAAGUUUACUCUGGGAUUCCAUACGCAGAGCCGCCUUUGCAUCACCUUCGCUUCCGCAGACCGGUGCCUGGGAAGUCAUGGCUCGGGACUUACGAUGCCACGCGAAAGAAGUUCUCCUGCCCUCAACAGUUAUACCCAUUACUGUUCGACAUUGAAACUGAACAAUCGGAAGACUGCCUCUACUUAAACGUGUGGACUCCCAGUACGAGACAACCGAAACCGGUCGUUGUUUGGAUUUACGCAGGAGGCUUCGCCUUCGGCAGUUCCUACCAGAACUGGUACAACGGAUCCCUGCUGGCAACAAUGUACGACGUGGUGGUCGUGACCUUCAACUAUCGCCUCGGUAUCUUCGGCUUCCUCGACGCCGGAGUUUUGGGCGCUCCUGGUAACGUGGGACUAUGGGACCAAAGACUGGCGCUGCAAUGGGUACGGGAAAACAUCCACACAUUUGGCGGGAACCCAACGAGAGUGACAAUCUUCGGCGAAAGCGGCGGCGCUUACAGCGUGCACGCCCACAUCAUAUCUCUGCUGAGCAGGGGCCUUUUCCACAGAGCUUUCAUGAUGAGCGGUACUUACGAUUCCAUCGCACUCCUGGACACCGCGUUUGAAAGCGCAGUCCGAGGAAGCGAGGUUGCCGCGAGGCUUAACUGCACAAGACCGUUCCUUGACCUGACCAGUCAUCCGGACAUUGUCCUAGAAUGCUUACGCAGCAAAUCGGCGAAUUCUCUAUUUGAUGCUGCGAAAAAUCUCACUGACCCUAAAAUCAUUUCGUUUGCACCGACUUACCCCAAUGACUUCUUUCCAGUUCGACCAGUUUUGGCACUGAGACAGGGUCGGUUUGCAGACGUCGACGUCAUGGUCAGCAUCACGCGGUCGGAAGGGGAUGUGAUUGUGACGGCGCAGCCAGACAAGCGUUUCUGGGACGAAGAUUUGAGCGACGUUCCAUUGAAGGAUCUGAAGCCAGCCCUUCGGGAAUUAGCAGCCGUGUGGAUGAAGGACGAGUACAUGAACCUUGUGGAAUAUUACGCGGCACAGGCGACACAGGACAACAAGCAGCAGUUGAGGGAGAUGUACACGGAGUUUGUUGGCGACUUUAACUUUGUAUGUCCAGCGAAAUUUUUAUCCCAGAGACACUCGGAAAAGGGCAACAAGGUGUACUCUUUCGUGUUCGCUCACAAAUCCUCCAAGUCGACGUUGCCAAAAUGGAGCGGCGUCCCUCAUCUUACCGACCUGCCGUACUAUUUCGGAGUACCCUUUUGGGACCAUGAGAGCUACUCGGACGAAGACCGGAACGUCAGUCGACACGUCAUGAAGGCAUUCGUCUCGUUUGCCGAAUACGGGACGCCGCAACUUGAUGGCGUUAACUGGACCCGGCACACUCCCUCAAAUCCUGCGUUCCUGUGGCUUCAACCUGGAAAUUACUCUACGCAGUACGACAUCGGCGCCAAAAAUUGCGACUUCUGGAAACAGUUUCUGGAGUGA